AUGGGUCUGUUGUCACUACAGAACCUAGGGUUGUCCCUAUUGAUCUUGGUCGCCUUCUCUGGCCAAGCUCAUGCCUUUGGCGCCGGUAACAUCGCGUCCCUUUCCCGUCUCGAGGGCCAGAACUGGCGCCAUGGAGAUAUCGAGGAUACCCUUCUUACUCUUUUCCUGGCUCGAGUGGCCGGUGGCAAGAAGUUUAGCAAACUUGAUGUGAAACGGGUGUACUUUGGCAACUGGUUGCGUGACUACAGCCAGGCAGUUGAUGUGGGCACUGUCAAGUAUGUUAGUGCCGAGGCGAUUCGCAUUCUGAUAUGGGUUCUGGGCUUCAUGAGCUUUGGCUACGGAACGGCAGAGUUUGAAGUGACCACUGAACGACUAGGAUGCUAUCAACCUACAGAACACAUUGAUAAUCCCCUGGGAUACGCCGAGGGAGAAGAUGCACGUUCCUACGAUCAUCGCCUGCGUGGUCCUAUUGAUGAAAGACGAGAGCUUUCAAUUGACCCUCGAACCGGCUUGAAACAUUACAUCGCAACAGAAGACAUGGGGAUUGAUACUUCAGCCGCUUUGAUUCGCCGCGUGCUUGGUCGCUCGAUCCAGCUAGGCCGUCGCUAUGGUCAGUCUGGAAACAAGAACGACCUCUACGAAGCUCUGCGACUGCUUGGAACUGGACUACAUUGCCUGGAGGACUAUGCUGCUCAUUCAAACUACACAGAGCUCAGCCUGAUUGAACUGGGAGAGACAGAGGUAUUCCCUCAUGUCGGACGUAAUACUAAAUUGGAAGUGGAAGGCGCCAAUGACUAUGUCUAUCCAAUCGUGACUGGUACAUUUGGCGGUGUCGAUUUCUUCCAUUCGGUUCUUGGAGAGCUGUCUGACAAAACAAUGCAAUCUGAACUGCAGUCGCUGGAAGGUGUUAUUACCGAUUCUGAAAACCAAAGCCCAUCGGAAAGCUUCUUGCAAGACUUACUGAGCAAAAUUCCUGAAGGUCUCAUUGGUAACAGCGACGAUGAAGCUGGCCAGAUGGAUGAUUUCAAGUCCAAGGCAGAUGAUGCCAGACACGAAAGCCAGAACGUCAGCCCUCGGGAACCUGAGGAAUGGGCUCUUUAUUUGAGCAAUGUCCACAAACAGAUCUACCCCGUCCUCGAGUGGCAUGAUCGACUGUUGAAACAGAUCAACGAAGCCAUUGAAAAAAUUCCAGUGUUGCCGGAUCUGAUCGAACAAAUCCAGGAUCAAAUCACAGUUUUUGUCUUUUCCAUCUUGGCCCCUUACGUUCUGCCCAUCAUCAAACAGGUCAAAUCGGAGCUAGAGACGGGCUCUUCUGAAGUUAUCCAGAGCAGCCGAGAGCAGCAGCAUAUCGUAUUCAACGACGAUGAUUGCUCAAACCCGACUCAUUCGAUGCUUUCCAAGGACCACUUCUCGAACAUCUUGAAUGAACCAGCUGGUCGUAUUGCGUCCGCUAUCGUCAAGUGGUCGGUUCCUCAGCUCAUGCAAUGCUGGGAUGACGAGGACGCUGAUGUUGACCGAACUCUGGACCGAAUCAUCUCCGGUGUUUUCCACCAUCCCGCUCUACGCGAAUAUGGAAACGAUGGAGCUGAGGAUAUGCGCCAGACCAUGUUCUCGACAGUUGAGAAGUGGUGGAGUGAGAAAGGGGACGAGGAACGCGAUGUUCUCCGUGAGCAGCUAAGCCGUGAUGGCGUCUACGAAGGCAAAAACCAUAAGGAUGGCGUGCAAGAUUGUGGACACGGGUGUGGUAAGCCACUGACCCUUCCAAGUCAAGGCCAAGGGAGUUCUGGCGGAGGUCAACAGUCCAGUAGCUCUGGUAUUGAGGGCUUUGCAUCUCAGGCCAUUGGAGGAGGGGCUCUGGGUGGCUUGGUUGGUGGACUUGUGGGAGGAAUGAGCUCAAUGAUCCUCAACGGUGGUAACUCUCAGCCUGGGCGGCAAAGUCCCGAGUCUCCAAAGUACGACAGUGGGAAUGACUAUGAGCGUCCAUCUCACCAUGAGAGCCACGAGCAAUAUGGUGACUCGUACAGUCAAGCACCGCCUUCUCGUCCUACUGGUUAUGGGUAUCCAAGCGACACAGGUUACGGAGAAGCUCCAGUUCACCACGAAGAGCUCCGUCCUCGUCCUGGCGGAUAUGAAUAUCAAAGCGAGACGGUGUAUGGAGAGCCUCCAGUGCGUCGCGAAGCCUUUGGCGGUUACGCACCUCCACCCACCGACUACCGCCGCGAGGAGCACUAUCAAUAUCAGUCAGAAAGCCAGGGCUAUUACCAGGAAGAACGAAGAGAAACCUUCCAGCAAACCUCACGAUAUGAAUACGGAGAGAGCCAACCCCCUGCUUUUGGAGGCAUGGAACGCCCAAUCUAUGGUGGAGAAUUUGCGCAAGAGGCCGGUUCUGGCUAUGGCAGGCCACAGCCCGGCUACAACGAGUUUGAGAAUCCCGGCUUUAGACAGGAAGGGUUUGGCCAGCGGUUCGAGGGUGGCGGCGAUGAGCACCGCAACGAGCGCCAUUAUGGAGAUGAAGAGCGUCCCCGCUACGGUUCGGGCACUCCGAGUGGUAGUGAUGAUGAAGAGCGUUCUCAUCGACACCGUCAGCACCACCACCAUCACCACCAUGAACGGUCUGGCUCAGAUUCUUCGGAUUAG